UCGGUUAAGUAAAUAAAUUCUCAAGUGAUCGACUACCUUAGAUAAGUCAGGCAAUUGAUGGCAGGGGGGGUAGAAAUGUGGGUGGAUAUCUGCCAAACGGUACGAACAAUAUGGAAUCGAUCAAGGGAGAUGAUCAAACGGGGAUUGAUAAUCACUGAUGGUAAUAGCGCUAUCCCCGUUCUAGGAACCCAGAGGAGAAUGAGCUUCAUAUGGAUUCCGAGUAAGAAAUGAAAUCAAAUCAAAUUAAUCCAAGGAAUUUGGACCGAGAGCAUCCCUUGCCAUUGGGAGCGAGCAUGGGCACAAACGCGCAGCGAUGGGGCACAUGAUCCACUAUGGAUCGCCAAGGGCAAAAGUCCUGAGCGGACGCAACUCAACAUCCUGACUAGUGUAGUAUGUUGGAGGUGUAUCAAACUUGUCGGAGAGUGCUGGCGUAAGAGCCGUUUAGGUGGACUGGUUGACGAGGGCCUGGAAGCGAGAGAUGACGCCGAGCCGUGGAGCAGGGUUCCGCUCCUGGUUACCACCCAUGGACGAUCAGUAUCUGAAUGGCAAAAGUCAAUCGGCUUCUGAUGUCUCCUCUGACUCUCCAGGGUAUCUGGAUCACUUCAGACAUGAAACCUGUUCGCAGACUCUCCACCCGUAGUUUAAUUUACCCAUGCGGACAGAGUUCACGUAUGGCUAUGUCUCUACCGCAAAGCUUCGAGGAAAGAAACACCACCACAAUGUUUGAUAUAUUGCCAAGAGUGACCGCCCACCAUGAAUGAGCGAGCUUGCAGAGGAUAGACGAGCGCAAGCAGCCAAUGGAGAGCUGCCCGCGACAUCAUCCGCC